GAAAGUAUUCAUGUGGUUUAUGCUGUAGUCAUGCUGUUAAUUUUAUUUAUUUUUUUACAUUCAGUUUAAGACUUCUCUCUAACCAUUAGCAUUAGAAUUAUACAUUAACAUAUUACAACACACGGCUUGGAUCCAUGCCGCAGGCACACCCUUGAUGACCUAAUAUGAAGAUGAGAGAACCUUCCCCCAUCACUUUAAGGUAUAAAAAGAGGGGCCUCCCUCUGAGAUGAUGGAAAUCUGCUUGCUUCGGGUCUCGACUCUUCUGUUCAUCUCAACAAGAUGGUGUUGACUCUUAAGCUCGUCGUGCUCCUCUGUCUGAGCGCUGGACUGUUUCUGGAAGCAGACGCAAAAUGCAGAAAGAAAGGGAAUUGCUGUAAGCGCUGUCCUGAUGGGUGGACUCGACAUGGAGAUCGUUGUCUCAAGUUCCACAAUGAACCCAAGACCUGGUGUAAAGCUGAGUCCCACUGUGUGGAGCAAGGAGGGAACCUGGUUGCUGUUCAUAGCAAGGCAGAUGCUGACAUUAUCAGAAAGAUGGUGAAGAGAAUAACUGGUGCGAGAACUAAAACUUGGCUUGGGGGCUACGACAGGGUUGAGGAGGGUUGUUGGCAUAACAGCGAUGGCUCCAAGUUUGACUUUAAAGACUGGGGCAAAAAUGAGCCAAACAACUACGGAGGAGAUGAAGGCUGCCAGCAGAUGCACAAUGAAGAGGGUCAACCAGUCAACGACGCCCCCUGCAAUGUCAUGAGUGCCUACAUGUGCGCCAUGGAUGUUGAUGACGAGGUGCAGACAUAAUUCAACAGUGAUCUUGUGUCACUUCAUUGUCAUUCUCUGAAAUUUCUGAUUUAUUGAAAUAAAAUUCAAUAAACAUUU